UUUACAGUUUCCUGGUUUGACUGGCACCCAUGGUAGUCGCUUGAUGACCACAACUAUGGGCUGUCCUUCUUAUCCAUCAGACAUGGUCCCAGUUAGCGUUUAUGGGGGAUCCUGAAACAGACGGCUGAUUGUCUCCUCGAGCCUCGGUCGGGUACAACCGCAAUAUAUGAAUAUAUAUACCCUAUCAGGUUUGUAUUGCUGAUAACAGAACGAGAGUAUAUAUUACAAUUAUGAACCAAAAUAUUUAAGGUGCCUUCAAGUCGUACACGUAGAUUUUUGUAGAGCACGGGGGUCUCCGGCAGAGGGAGCUGAACUACCUGAAUAACUGGAUAUGGAAAAAGUCAACUAAACCAGGAGUUUUCUGGGGAUCUGUUCGAGCGGUGUAUUUAAACACGUGUAUAUUAGUAGAUUGUAUGAAAGUAAAAAUGAAAACACUGUUCGGAAAAGAAACGCAGGUGAAAAUUCAUAGCAGGGCUUCUGGCGCCCUUCCUAUUGGCUGAUGCCGUCGUGGUGAUUUGCAUAGACCCGCCCAGGCAGGGUUUCCUCCGCCCGUGACUCUAAGCAGGUUACAUCUGGGAGAGAGAAGACGCGCGAGCGAGUGUCUGUGGGACAGUCUGGGUACCGGCACGCAGAUGGAGCUGUGAUGAGUAUCACCGAAGAUCACAGCAAGUCCUCCUUGCACAGAAGAUCUUGUGCCAACUUUUAGAGCUGUUUCUAAAUUUCAGCCAGGGGGUCCUUUCCAGCUUACAUGACUCUGACUGUGAGGACCUUCUGUAAUGUCACCAGCUUUGCCGGAGUCCUUUACGCUUAAGCCCUCUGGGGCGGAGAGGAGCUGGCUGAAUAGGUCUGGAGCUGCAGUCCCAGCUGUGAAAGAGAAGCUCUCCCAGCUUCAGCCCAGCAGCCUGCAUGCAGAGCAGCAGGUGUGGGAUCGAAGAGUUCACUGCGUUUCCCAGCACUGGACCCUGGUCAGACGGGCCACGCUCAUGCAGCGCCGUGUCAGGGCUCUCCUGGGACAGCAUGCCAUCCAGCACUUCAUCCACCAGCUGAACACCCUGAGGGAGGGGUGUCUUGAGAAGGACGCACUCCCAGCAUCCCUCGGUCCUCUACCACAAGACUCGAGCUUCCCUGGGAUUGCAGAAGCUGGUCUCACCCCUGCUCUUCAGGGCCAGGAUGCCUCGAGGGACGUCCACCGCCUUGCCAGCCAUGUUCAGGUGGUCAUGAGAGAGGCUCAGCUUGACUCUGAUGCCACAGAGAGCAGCUCAGAUGAGGAGCCUGACCGCGAGGUCACACCAGGACCACAGGGGCUGCCAGUCCGCGGCGGGCGGGAGUGGCGCUGGCAGGCCGAGCGCGCUGAGAUCGGCAGCCGUUGGGCCUGGUUGCAGGUGCGACUGGCAGAGCUGGGAGCCCAGAUCCAGAUGCUCGAUAACUUUCACAGGAGGAUCGUCUCCAGCAAGGAGCGGGUGGUCUUGGCAGGGCCACGGUCCUCGGCAGGCAACAGGGUCCAGCAGGCGUGCUCCUUGCAGACGGGACCCUCCCCUGCUCACCCCAAUGACUCCGCCUCCGAUCCAGAGGCAGGGCCCAGCAGCCUCACGCGCCUCCUGAGGAACAUCGAGAGGCAGAGCGCCCAGCUGGCACAGAUUGUGAGCAGACUGAGGGACCCCCUGUGCUCUGCCCCCCUGACCAUGCCGGAGCCCCCCCUCCCCGGCAGGUGGAUCGACAGGGGCAGACAAGUUCAUCUCAAGAAGCACCAGAGUCGUUGCAGAAAGUCCAGCCAAUCAGCUCGUACCCGCCCCCUCCUCACCUACUGCAGGCGCCGCCUCUUCACCUUUGACCCCCGAUGUCCAUGCAUGCAGCAAGAGCCCAGCCUUGCUUGCCCGCUCUGUGAAUUCUGCCGUCCAACAGCUGUGAGCACAGAGCCCUACUGGCCCAGAGAGGCCCCCGUGGGAGUGGAUGAGAGAAGGUGGGCGGAGCUGAUGAGGCCUCACCCAGUGUUGUCCCUCUCCUCAGAGACUCCACUUUCCCUCUACCUCCAAAGUGCUUUCUGUGGAGAUGAGAGGCAGCCAGCCCUGGUUCAGAUAGAGAGGUCAAGCCCAUGUUUUCUCCCUCCAACUAGGGAUACGGUUUUUAGGACCCCACCUAUGCUUGUGUUCAGCUCCAAUCCGAAGUGUCAGACGUCCCACAGAGAUGGGUCUCCUUUCACCCAACGAGGGCGGAGGAAGCGGAGGCACUCAAACAGGAGCUCAGAGGAUGCGGACCCCUUCAGUAACCCUUCCACAAGCACGGAGGACAGCCCUGAGGGGCUCACGGUCCCCCAGGGCAACCGGACACAGAUGCUCUCCUCCAACCUGAGGUGGGGAGACUUGGGCCGACAUGGAGGGCUCUCUUUUGACAUCGAUGAUGUCAUCAUACCCAUUUCCCUGGUAACCGCAACCAAGAGGGAGGAAUUGCAGCAGAAGCAUAUCGUCACACCCAGCUGGCGUGUCAUUGAGGUCGAGCCUCUAGAUGCUGGAGAAGAAGCUCCCGUCGGGUUCUGGUGUCUCUGGCUACCUUCCCCAGAUGGAGGAGCUCUCAGACAAAGCCUUCGCCUGCAGACAUCUGCCAUACGAGGCCGCAGAGAGGCUCCGUUGGUCCUCCUGGGAGUGCGGCCGGGGCCAGAGGCGGAGUGGCAGGGGGCGCAGAGGAGUCCCGAGGCUCCUGCCUUUGUUUUUGUUUACCUGCAGUUCUUUCUGCAUGACCGCCGACGUGUGGGGACAGUCCUGCCUGGAGCGGAAAGGCCCAGAGUGACCCGUCUGCGCAGACAGACAGUGACUGCAGAUGAUAUGGAGGACAGCAGACGGCUUCAGUUAGAGGCGUCACCGCUGCCCAUGAUGGUAUUAGUGGUGGCAGACGAGUUCCCUGCUGGCAGAAUGGCUGCUAAUUCAUGUUGAGCAGCCAUGACUCCCCCUGAAGGAUGCCAGUGUAAACAUCACAAAUUUGCAAAAAGUAAUGCUAAGGUACCAAACUGCCAAAACUGGAUGCAUGAACUGUAAUGGCCGGACGAGACUUUAUACAAUUGUUUUAGAUUUUGGACACUUUCUUGCUUUUAAAGCUUUGAUCCACAAUCUGAAUAUUAAACACUUUUCUAAAGAUA